CCUCCAUAGCCAACGGCUGCCAAGCGCGGGCCCAGCCACCCCCGCCGCCAGGGGGCGUCCGUGGGAUCCCGGCGGGAGCGCGCGCCACGUGGUCCGGAAACGCGCUGGGCGUCGGCGUGGCCGCGAGGCCCCGCGAGCUGGGCGGGGUGCUGCGGGAGGUUUGGGCCGUGAGGGGGCCGCGUGGGGCUGCGAGGGGCGAGGUGGGAGGCACGGACGGUGCGGACACGGGGCACGGAGCGGCUGUCCUGCGCUGCCCUCCCCCGCCAGAGGCGUCAUGUUGCCUGGGCCGCCUCGGCGGUGGGACGCGGGCAAAGAGCAGGCGCUCGAGGAACAUGGCUCCUCGGCUGGCAGUGACCCCGGGGAGACCUCGACCUUUGGAGAGGAAGCCCUGGAGGAGCCAGGAACUCCCCCGCAGGACAGGUGAGGGGCUGGGCGGGAGGGAAGUCCGACAGGGGGCCCACAGUGUGCGGAGAUCUCCGUUGCCGACCCUGAAGAAUGGCUGUGCCCAGACUCCAUGCGCCAGGCACCUUCGGCCCUGCCCAGGAAGUACCGGGGGAGGCUGUGACCGGUGCACCUCAGUACCUCCCGCUCCCAGCCCGCAGCCCCGGUCGCGAAGGCCCUCCUGGACCCGGAGAGAGCUGCUGCUGUCCCGGCCUCCCCCAGGCCUGGCUGCGGAUCAUUCCCCGGGAACGCCAGAUGGCCUGGGAGGUGGCCCCUUCAAGGAUGACCGUGUUAGCACCAUGGGAUCCCAACUACAAGGCUAAAGCCGGACCCCGGCUGGUGUGGCUCCCUUCACAGGGGCCCAGCUGUGCACCUGGCACCUCCUUCUCAGGCCGGACCUUGUGUCAUCCCUCAUUGUGGCCACUGUAUGAGGCAGCCUCAGGCCGGGACCUCAGGUCCCUGGCCCCUGCAACAGGACAUCAGAAUGGAGAGCAUGAGCCCAGGGAUGCAGGGUUCCCAGUGAUGUGCUGUGAAGAUGUCUUUGUUUCAGACCCUCUGCUGCCAUGUGGGCAGCGUAUUCCCCUGCAUCUGUCUGAGGCCUCUCAACAGGUGAUGGGCUCUCUGAAGCUGCUGCUCCCACCUCCUAUCAUGUCUCCCUGGGUCCUCCGCACCCCAUCCCCUGGCUGCCCUACUGCCUGGCUCAGUGGGCCUGAGCUCAUCGCCCUGACUGGCCUCCUGCAGAUGAGCCAGGGGCCUCCUAGACCUGUGGCUUUGGAGGCUCCCAUGCCCCCUGCUGGCCCCCCAGACCCUGUAUCUGAUCACCCAGACCCCAGUGGUGGCCCCAGCUGUUCUCACUGCACUGACCCAUCUGCCCCUCAAACCCCAGACACACAUUGAACAUACCCGUUCUGGGUGCAGAAUGGGUCCCCUACUCCCCUAGACAGCUUCUGUUGACAAUAAAAGUGUUGGUUUGCAAA